AUGAAGCGCAAGUUGAAUGACCAGGAUGUGCCCGAGGUGGCAGACGCCGUAACAACGACAACUGAAGAACCAACCGAGAAGAAGGCGCCGACGGCAAAGACAUUCGCCGAACUUGGACUGGAUGCGCGCCUUUUGCAGGCAAUCAACAAGGAGAAGUUUGCCGCGCCGACACCUGUACAAGCCCGUGCCAUUCCUUUGGCUCUGUCGGGCAAGGAUAUUCUUGCACGCGCAAGGACCGGCUCUGGAAAGACAGCAGCAUACCUCCUCCCAAUCCUUCAGUCCAUCCUUCACCGCAAAUCCACACAACCCUCGUCAACGAAGACAACAUCGGCGCUGAUUCUGGUACCUACUCGCGAACUUGCUGGACAGGUCGCAAAGGUCGCUCUGUCGUUCGCUGCCUUCUGCGGUCAGGAAGUGCGCAUCGAGAACCUUACCCGCAAGGAAGACGACAAGGUCGCUCACGCCCGUCUGAUCGAAGCCCCCGAUGUCGUUAUCGCUACACCCUCGAGAGCAACCAGCCUCGUCAACGCCUCGCUCCUGCAACUCCAAAACCUCAGCCAUCUCGUGAUCGACGAAGCCGAUCUCGUUCUUUCAUACGGUCACGAUGAAGACCUGCAAAACCUGUCCAAGGUCAUUCCCCAAGCCGUCCAGAUCGUCCUUAUGAGCGCCACUCUACGAACUGAGGUCGACACACUCAAGGGCAUGUUCUGCAAGGAUCCCGUUCUGCUCGAACUUGACCAGGAAGAGAAGGAACAAUCAUCUCUCACACAAUACGUUGUGCAAUGCGGAGAGGACGAGAAGUUCCUGCUCAUCUACGCAAUCUUCAUGCUCAAGUUGAUCAAGGGCAAGUGUAUCGUCUUUGUCAGCGACAUUGACCGCUGCUACCGUCUUAAGUUGUUCCUCGAGCAAUUCGGCAUCAAGAGCUGUAUCUUGAACUCGGAAUUGCCCGUUAACUCAAGACUGCACGUGGUCGACGAGUUCAACCGUGGUGUCUACGACAUCAUCAUUGCUAGCGACGACAGCGAAAUCGUUGGAAACGAGGAGAAGUCGAGCCGCAAGAGGAGGAAGGUCGAGGCUGUCGAGGAGGAUGACGCUGAAGCCGCUGCCGUCGAAGGCGAGGCCACAGCACCCGAGGAGACCGUCGCCGAGAACGACGAAGAAGAGAAGGAAGAAAAGACAUCAGAAGAAAAGCCCAAGAAGAAGCAAAAGCGCUCAAAGCUCGACAAGGAAUUCGGUGUCUCUCGUGGUAUCGACUUCAAGAACGUCGCCUGCGUACUCAACUUCGACCUCCCCACCUCAUCCCGCAGCUACACCCACCGCAUCGGUCGUACCGCCCGUGCCGGCAAAUCCGGCAUGGCCCUCUCCUUUGUCGUCCCCAAGACCCUCUACCGCAAGCACAAACCCACCACCAUUCCCUCAGCCGAACACGACGAAGAAGUCCUCGCAAAGAUCACCCACCAGCAAGAAAAGAAGAACCAAGAAGUCCUGCCAUACCACUUCGACAUGAAGCGCCUGGAUGGCUUCAGAUACCGUAUGAGCGAUGCCCUCCGCUCGGUCACCCGCAUCGCCAUCCGCGAAGCCCGUAUCCGCGAGAUCCGCUCAGAACUGUUGAAGUCGGAGAAGCUGAAACGCCAUUUCGAAGAAAACCCUACAGACUUGCAACAUUUGAGGCACGAUCAGGAAAGUCAUGCUGUACGUGUGCAACCGCAUCUGAAACACGUGCCGGAGUACCUUUUGCCCGGUAACUCGGCGGUGGCACAGGGUGCUGGGGAUGGCGGAUUCGUUGGCUUUGGCAAGAGUGGAGAGAACAGGAUCAGGAAAGCGAGAAUGCAAAAUAGAAUGAAGGGUAAGGGCAAGGGAAGGAAAAAGUCAGACCCGCUGAAGUCGUUGAGUGCGAAGAGGAAGUAA